CCCAGUCGUCGACAUCAUGGCGACAGCAACACUAACAGCGACAACGACAGCAGCAGCAGCAGCAGCAGCUGCUGCUCCCACGGCGAGCGAUCUGGCUGGGCCAUCAAGACCGCGGGGACCAGACACCUGGAAGCCAACAAAGUAUCUCGAGCCCAACCAUCCGGACAAUGAGGAGGUGCUCGAGCAGGCAGCGUACCAGGCAGCCGUGACUCGCCCGCCAGGCGAUGCACGAGCGAACAGGAGGUACAAGCCUCGAAGGACAGUCGACUACAUGGGCGGCAUCCAAAAGUUCCGCAUGAUGGGUAAGAUGAAGGGAGUGCACCCAUACUUGCCACCAAUAUACCCCAGUCCAUCGGAUGUCAUCAACCUGUUGCCACCAGUGGCGCACAUUGACAACCCGUCGACCUCGAUCUGCGACUACUUUGUCCACACAUCGAUCAACAAGGAACGCUCCCCGACCCGCGUCGUGCAGUGGACGCCUGAUGCGCGUCGUCUGCUCACAGGAAACGACAAGGGACAGUUCACGUUGUGGAACGGCGCGUCGUUCAACUACGAGUCCAUCACGCAGGUACACGACGACUCGAUCCGCUCCAUGUCAUACUCGCACAACGGCCAGUACCUCGUCUCGUGCGACAAGUCGGGGUCGAUCAAGUACUUCACGCCGCAUCUUACCAACAUCCACGGCUUCCAGGGCCACCGUGAGGCGUGCCACGGUGUCGCCUGGAGUCCUAAUGACGAGCGCUUCGUGACGGGUGGUGACGACGGUUUAGUCAAGAUCUGGAACUACCGCGCUGCGACUGCUGAGAGGGAAUUGAGCGGCCACGGCUGGGACGUCCGCUGUGUUGACUGGCACCCGACCAAGGGCCUCGUCGUCUCCGGCUCCAAGGACAUGCUGGUCAAGUUCUGGGACCCACGUACCGGAAAGGACCUCAGCACCUUGCACUCUCACAAGGCGGUCAUCAACGCGUGUAGCUGGAAUGCCGAGGGUCACAUUGUGGCGACGGCAGGCGGCGACGGCCUCAUCCGUCUGUUCGACAUCCGCACCUUCCGCGAGCUCGAGCCGAUGAAGGGACACACCAAGGAGGUCAACUGCCUGGCGUGGCACCCCAUUCACCACUCGCUUCUGGCAUCAGGAGACGCGGCUGGCUCGAUCAACUACUGGUCGCUCAAGGCCCCGGACCCGUCGAAGCCAGUCACGAGCCUGGAAGCGGCACAUGACGACGCCGUCUUCUCACUCUCGUUCCACCCCCUUGGCCACAUCCUCUGCAGUGGAAGCAAGGACUUUACCGCUCGUUUCUGGUGCCGGGCUCGUCCGCAAGGCGGUCACGAAAUCGACAGGUACCACCUGGGAGAGGAAGGUGCCCUGCGCGCGGAGCAGGUGGCAGAGGAAGCUCGCCCAUCCAAGUGGCCUGGUCUUCCAGGUCGCGAGGACAGCUCGGCUGCUCUUCCAGGCCUUCCAGGACUCACUGGCGGCGCCGCUCGGCCACCCCCUCCCUCGAACGGCGGAGCCCCUCCACCGCGCCCAGCACCAGGAAACUUUGGUGGGCCUCCCGGCCUCGGCGGCGCGCCUUCUGGUCCACCAGGCCUUGGUGGCAACGGCCCGGCUGGUCCACCUGGGCUCAACCGACCGGCGUCUACCGGCCCUCCUGGACCCGGACCAGGCGGCAUGGCUCCUGGCCUUCCCACCCAGCCCGCAAGACGCCAGUGGGGUAACAAUGCUGCUGGCGGCGGGGGCGGAGGCCGCGACUUUGGCAACGACCACGGAGGUGUUGGCGGCGGCGGCGGUGGUGACCGAUGGCGCCGUCCUGGUGGUGCUGCCGGACCUCCUGGCGGUGGAUUUGGCGGCGGCCAAGGCGGAUACGGCGGGCAGCAGGGCGCCGGCGCCGGCGGCGGCGGUGGUGGUGGUGGUGGUUACGGCCAGGGCGGUGCAGGUGGCCCCGGCGGCUUUGGUCAAGGUGGCCAGCAAGGCGGCGGUUACGGCCAAGGCGGACAGCAAGGUGGCCAAGGCGGGUACGGCCAGCAGGGUGGCUUCGACCGGCAAGGCGGCGGGGGUGGUGGGCAGGGAGGCUUUGGUGGUCAAGGCGGUUUCAACGGCCAGAACAACAACCAGGGUGGAUUCGGCCGUGACCCCCGCCAAGGCGGCAACAACAACAACGGUGGCUACCAGCAAGGCAACGGCGGCUAUGGCCAGCAGGGAGGUGGCUAUGGCAGGCAGGGAGGCGGUGGAUACGGCGGGCGUCGAUAG